AUGUACCGCACUUGUUAGACUAUUGAAGUCACCGGUAAACAAACCCGUACGCACGCAUUACAUGACGAGCACCUUGACACUCUCAGUUCGCCCGGAACGCUUUGCUAUUUAUAAAUUCCCGCCCGAUACGACACCGCCAUCGUGGAUCUUUGACGAAAGUUUUUACUCUAUUUCCCGAACCGAAGACGAACUCUCGGUUGUGAGCGCGGAGCGUGCAAUUCCAGAUUCACCGGACGUCCUCGUGGAACGCGAUUGGACUACACUGAAGGUAGAAGGACCUCUGGAUUUUGCCCUGACCGGAAUAUUGUCAUCGCUGGCUAGUCCGCUAGCCAAUGCUGGGAUUUCGAUCUUUGCCAUCAGCACAUACGACACGGAUUAUUUGCUUCAACGAGGGAUUUCGUAUCCAAAGGUAACGGGGAAAAUGUUGAUCCGGGAUAACCGUUUCCAAUCCGACCCUUUGCUAGCAUCGUUGGUGGAAAAAAGUAAUUUGCACGUUACUAGCUUUGGCUUGGUUUGCGUUGCUGGGUGGCCCCCAUGCGAGUCAAUGCGAAAAUCGUACAAAAAUUUUGUCUUGGCCGUUCGCGGGUGCUUUGAAGACAACGACGUCCAGGGGUCAACUGCUCCUGUCUAUAUCUAUCCCUUUGAAUCACUGCAUGUAACUGUGGCAACAUUUUCUCGAACCUCUUUUAAAAAUUUGGAGCAUCAAGAAGUUAGGACUGAAUACGCCAAGAAAGUUGUUAUGGCAGCCGCUGAAGAUGCUAAUUGGCCCAAGCAUCCACUUGAAUUGCAGAUUGACAACGCACAAAUUGGGGACCAUGCUGGGAUUUUGCUAUGGAAGGAGACGACAGGAAGAUUAGAUAUGUUACGCGAAUGCAUCAGAAAGGCGUCCUCCAUGGUUCUCAAAGAAGUCGUCUCAGCCGAUAUUUCUGCAGCGCAGCUGCAUGCAAUGCAGGACAUGUUGCGAGGGAUUACAAUCCCUCCAAUAGUGCAUUCGACUUUCUUGAGGUUUUACAAGACUCCCGUUAGUCCUGCACGUAUGGUACAGGAAAAGUUCUGCGAACGAGUGGUGAAACGACUUCUUGACUUGUACCCCAAGACUUUGUCUGCUUUAAGCGUGGCCUUGGUUUGUGAGUACAGUCCGUACAUGCAUAUACCAUAUGACAAGCAGCAUGUCCUAGCAGAGUAUUCGAUGACGCUAUGAAUUAUUCAAUUAGUAUAUUACCUUUCAUAG